GUGACCCGCUCCUCCAGACUGGAAGAAACAACACAUUUGAUUGGCUGUUGACAAUCCCACAUGCUCUCGUUAUGCGCAACUAGUUCUGCGCAUAACAGUGCGAAAUGGAAAACAAGAACGAAUAGAAACAAAUUAAACCUUACUGCAAUUGCCAGAAUGAUAUGGCAGUUAACAUGGUUAUCUCCCUUGCUGUUUUGCCUGUGUUGCCAUGGUUAUAACUGGAGCGAGCUGAAUCUUCCAGUCAGACACAUACCUUACUACUUCAACAACAAUCCUUAUAUUAAGGAUCUAUGCAAGGAAGAUGAUGAUUGCCCAUAUAAGAUGACACUUAAGAAGAAGAGGUGUUGGGGGUAUGAGAAAAAAUGUCCGGUUGAAAAUAGAAUGUCCGUACCAGAAUGCCCUGGUGAUAGCAGAGGAUGGGCAAACACAAAGGAGGACCAAAUAGAUCAAUUCUGGAAAGGUGCUGACUUUGGUUAUGUACAGGAGAGGAGGAAUGAAAUGAAAGCCUUUUGUGUUCCAAAAUCUCAGGAUGAUUCCAGCUUGGAAUGCUCAAAAUAUGCAAGAUAUUGCUAUGCAAAAAAUAUUUAUUUAGACUUUAGACAUGCAACUUUUACAGCUAAUGAAAAUUUUCAAGAAGAUUUUUUGUUAGAUGGUGAGAUAGGGGGACAUUGUGAACUCAAUAAACGUCUGCUUAAAGCGGAGGGAGAACAUAAAAGUCCUCUCCAAUCAUGGUUUGCAGAAGUUGAACAUUAUUCAUCUCUUCCAUUUAAACCAAUAAACAACGAAAACUGUGAUAUAAUUAUAGAUAAACCAGUGAUGUUUACGAAGCUGGAUGCAGGUGUGAAUAUGUUUCACCACUAUUGUGAUUUUAUUAAUUACUACACUAGUCAACAUGUCAACAAUUCAUUUAGUACAGAUAUAUACGUGAUUAACUGGGAUACAAGUCAGCGAAAUUAUUUUGAUUUAUUUAAAGAGACCUUUGAAGCUUUUACACAGCAUAAGAUGAAGUAUAUACGUGACUUUGAUGAUAAACGUGUGUGUAUAAAAGAAGCAAUGUUUCCACUAUUACCUAGGAUGAGAUGGGGAAUGUUUUAUAACAUGCCACUAAUACCUGGUUGCCAUGGCAGCAGCUUGUUUCAAGCAUUUUCAGCUCAUCUUGUCCACAGAUUACAUAUACCUCAGGAAGGUCCUCUUGAAAACAAAAUCAGGAUAACUAUUCUAUCAAGGAACACAAAAUAUAGAAAUAUUUUAAACCAAGAUAAGCUUUUGGCAGCCUUGAAAACUGUUGGUGAAUAUGAGGCAAGACUGGUAGUUUAUAGUCCCAAGGAAAUGCCAUUUUUGGAGCAAGUUAAGAUAUCACAUAACAGCGAUGUAUUUAUUGGAAUGCACGGUGCUGGUCUCACUCAUAUGCUGUAUCAACCAGACUGGGCGUCUGUUAUUGAAUUAUUUCAUUGUGGGGAUCCAAAUUGUUACCUUGACCUUGCCAGACUUCGAGGAUUGAAAUAUUUUACUUGGGAGAAGAUGGAGAAAUUAGUACAAGAAGAUGAGGGUCAUCAUCCACAAUUAGGAGCUCAUCAGAAGUUUACAAAUUAUGAAUUUGAUGAAGUGGAGUUCAUGAAACUUGUUGCCAAGGCAACUGAUCAUGUGAGAUCCCAUCCUGAUUUUAUACAAGCUAGAAAAUCUAAAUAUAACACUAUAAAGGACGAACUUUGAUGAUCAUUUAAGCAAUUUAGAAAUGAUUUUUUCUAGUCAGUUUUGACAGCUAUACCAGUUAAAUAUACAUGUAUAUUCUAAGUGCCAUGAUUUGUAGUAACAUUAUGUCUUUAUACAAAAAUGUAUGUGCCUUUUAUAUUUUUAAGCACUGAACAUUCCAUGUACAUCUAAUUAUUAUACAUGAGCUUGAAAAUAAAUUGAGUUAUUUUUA